GAAAGCUAGACGCUUCUGUACCACCACUUUGCCUCAACACUUAUCAGUAUAUCAACAACUCCACACCCCGCAUUCCGCCAGAUACUGUUCUGCCCGCUUCCCGAGGUUUUCAAUUUUGCACUUUACGCUUUCAGCCCUCAGCGAAGCAGAUCCACAGCCUGCUGCACCACUAUGGCGCACUCACCAAGACACUCUCUGAGCGGGGGCGACUCGAUGCAGAAAUACAUGCUUCUGUCAUCUCAGCAAGAGGUCCUUCGCCGCCGCCUAUCUCUCCAAAUCCCAACAGCCUCGCCAAUGACGGCCUCAUCGCCCGAAUUCCAGUCUCUCUCCUCAUCACCAACUUUCUCUCGGCCUGCCUAUGCCUCCUCCUGGUCAGCCGAGCCAGAGUACAUCGCCACCCACCCAUUGUCGGCCUACCCAAUUCCAACCCAACCAGGAAUGGGUCACCGAAACAGCGUUGAUGAGAGCCUAACUGAAGACUCUCAUCGACUCUACGAAAUCAACCAGCAAAUCAAAGCCACCCUCACCGAGCUGCUCAACACCGAGUCCGUCCGCUCCGACGAGAAGUACCGAGCCUGGAUCCAGGGCCGCCUGAUGGACGCCGAACAACAAAUGCGACGCCAGCGUCGCCGCCGCUCAAGCGUGGACAGAGAAAUUGCAGAGUCCAUUGCCGAGCACUUCGAGCACCCCUUCCCUUGAACCACUCGCCGCUACUACUACAUCAUUACCCCCAUGUACUAUCACUUCCAUCUCUCGACCCAUUGUUGUCGGCAGAGAAUGACAUUACGGGCCUACGACAUUUCGAGAAGAAAAAGCAUCAUUGGAGUUCAACAACUGAGUGUUCUUCUGUUGGAGGGAAACGCCGCCUUGAGUUUGCGUCUAUCAAUCAACAAUGGAUCGACCUGGAUGUGACAAAAUUGACUUAUAUCACAGGAGGACUUGUCUUUCAAUUGUAUCAUCACCUGGGAAUAGAGUGAAUGUGGAUAUGGUAUGGCGCAUGGUGUUUUCAUCACGGAUUUGAAGCGCUCAAAUCAGAAACCUGAGGAAACCUUUUCUUCUCUCAUGCUACCCAAUUGUAUGCAUACUUCAGCGGCGUGCAUGCACUGGGCGGAGUAACUUGCCUGAGUGUCAUCUGUCGUGUUGCCAAACUUGUAAUUUUAGAAUACCUAAUUGAGGACUUUCACAAUCA